AUGGCGUCCGCCGCGGACGCGAAUCGCUUCGCACUUUUCGCUGAGAAUGACGAAGAGCACUCUCCAGGCGUGGAUCCACUCCCCAAGGUCAAUCCAUUCGUCAACCAGGUCGCUGACAGCGACGCGCCGUGGGAAGAGGUCAGGCACGGCGGUCAGGCGUCGAAGGUGGAAAAAGUCAAGCUGAAGACACUGGUCAUCCGCGAAGAGAACAGCGUGGCCCUCGCCCGCUGCCACAACAGGACACGCGUGUUCUCGGGAUUUACCCAGGAUAGUGACAGCAUGAAGCUCACCGACCCUCACGAGCAUUGGUGCGGCGUGUGCCGAUUCAGGUUCCCCAAUAAGAAUGCGCUCGUCACGCAUAUUAAGCAGUCACCUCAGCAGCACGAGAACUACUGCAACCUAUGCAAGAGGGUCUUUGUCGAUCGAAACGGCUUGAAGAACCACGUCGACAAUGCAGCGGGCCACGACAUUUACUGCAAUCUAUGCUUGAGUGCCUUCAAGGAUGGGUGGGGCCUGAAGAAUCACUUCGAGAACAACUACUCAGUUGCCGGUCACGACUUUGUUUGCCUUACCUGCCUCCUGGGUUUUCGAACCAAGACGGAGCUGGAUAAGCACCUGCUUACCGGAGCGAAGCAUGUGUGGUGCCAGACGUGCCAUCGGAAGUUCCGCAAUCAAGCAGAGCGAGACGAGCACUGGCGCAUAACGACCAAACACAGGCACUGCCUCCAGCCCGGCUGUGACUUCGAUGCGCCGGACCAAAACGCUCUCGAGUGUCAUCUCCACAACGAUCACUUCCAGUGCGAGGGAUGCAUGCGUAUCUUCCCCAGUCAGACGAAGCUCAACUCUCACUACGACACUUGCCAAUUCGAGGUCACCUGCCCCAAAUGCGGAUAUCGAUGCGCUGGUCGGGCCAAGCUUGAACUGCAUAUGGAGUCAUGCUUCUACUGUGCUGAGUGUCACUUUCACACUCGCCACGAGGGCAAUUACCAAAUCCAUAUGACCAAACAUGCCGAGGCUGCCAUCCCAUGUUGGCGCUGUUCCGUGCCUAUGCGCAAAUGCAGCAGCCUCAUUAACCACCUCGAAUCCGGCAACUGCGUCAACCUUCCAGAUCCUACCCGGCUAAUGCGCUGCCUAGGCACUUUCUGGUAUUCCACACUAUACAUGGACGUCGAUAUCCACGUUCAGGUACGUUCGAACCGCGUGGACAUAAAGGAGACGGUCAGCUGGAUAAAGGAAGGAUUGCUGCAGCCGUUCAUCUGCCGUGCUUCAGGCUGUGGCAAGACUUUCAGUCACUUCAGCUCAUUGGCACUGCACGUGGAGAGCCAGGCUUGCGAAUGGGAUAUUGAGAAGCUGAGGCUGGAUCUCAUCCAGGCCGAGUUUGACAGGAUGUGCGUGAGGAGGGACAGUGUGACUGCAAUGGCAGGAUGA